UACAUUUCCGAGGGUUGGGAAAGGCAGCACGGCCCCUUGGUACUGUAUCCGCUCAGGUCUUCUAGUUCCACGGAUUAGAGUCUCCAGUACAGUCUCUACGUCUGGGACCACGCCGACAAAAUACAGCCAGCCGUUCUCCCGUCGCUCCGAUAUGACUCGUUUCAUCUAGCCAGCCUUUCCAUUACAUAUUGGAAGCCUUCUUGAAGCGGUGAGCUGUUGAUAUGGCCUGGUUGCAGCUCGUUCCCAUUCCCGUCCUUCUCUGGACAAUCGUUGGAGCCUCCGACGUUGCACCGCCGACAAACAUAACCUUCACGUGCCACAACUUCACCAACCUGCUCGAGUGGAGUUACCCUGAUAUGCAGCCUGGUUUGAGAUUCAGGGUCGACGUUAAUUGCCUCUAUAGCAGCGAACAAGUAAUCUGGAUUGACGCUCCCACUUUGCAAGCUGACAUUGGCUAUCACUUCAAUGAACUGGAGGCCUGUAUGGUCCAAGUAACUGCUGUAAUUGGCCAGAGGGAGUCUGUUUCCACCUCAGAGGAAGGGAUCGCGUUCAGCUAUGGCCAAAAUGUCUUAGAUGUAACGUAUACGUGCUUUGUGGAUCACCCUUUCGUUAACAUCACUGUUAAACCCGAUGACAUUGUGGUGUUCCGCUUCGAGCAUCCCUGGAUGGUGUACCGUCAAAAAGCUUUGAACAACAAUAAAUUGAAAUCUGUCAAGAAACGCCAUGGGGGCAUGAGCCAGCGCACAUUACUUCCUGAAUUCAAUUAUGAAGUGGUCGUCGUCCACCACCAGCAGGAGAAACACUUCAGUUUCCUCUGUGAGACGGAAGUGUGCGAGCAGACGCUGCCAGUGCACACUGAUGAGCAGCAACAUUGUUUGAAGUUUAAGGGAACGAUCCAGCAACUCUUGGUUCAGGGCCGAGAACCGUACUGUGUUCCGCAAAACCCGGGAACGUUUAACGGAAUACCUCAAGGGGAAUUUCUUCAAUCCCAAGCACAGUUACAGAUGAACACACAUCGUCAUACCUCAUCUCUAAGCGACGUGUAUCUGUACGUAGGAAUCACCGUCUUGGUCUUGGGUACAGUUGUGCUGAUCGUCUUCAUGUUGUACCGCAAAACCAUCAAACCAUCAUUUACGAUGCCCCCUAAAUUUGACAGAAUUGACAGCCAGAGGCCACAGCAGAUCAUGCGAACAUAUCCUGACCCCGUGGUGCUGGUGGAGCCCACCACACCCACGCUGCUGUUGGACGACACGGACGACGACAGGAAAGACUUAACGCCCGACGUAUCCCGCUUUCCCUGUGGUGACCUUCAGUCGUCUUCUGUCAUGCAGCAGGAGGAUCAAGGCGUGUCUGAUGAUUUUGGUGACUUGGAGGAACCAAAGGAUGAUCCGGAGUACAUGCGAGGUAGCAAAAUGGACGAGGACGACAUGUUUCCCGAGGAGUCUGCUUACGAAAGGCGUAUAGUGCUGGUUGAGUUGGGGCCGGACGAUGUAACAGAGGGUUACCGUGGGUAAACUUUGACACCGUUACAUCUUCUGCAUUUUCUCUGUAGGUCAAGCGAUAAUUCAAGUUUGUUGGCAUCAUACUAAAACAUAAGGAAAAUAAGGUCAUAUUAAGUCAUGGCUCAUCGAACAAAACUAAAUAUUUUCUUUUAUCAGCCUGUGGCGAAUAUAUGCGGAUUUUAUCAGCCAUGGGUAAAAUUUCAAUUUUAAAACACAGCAGACCUCAUCAAUAGAAGGCAAAGGUCACCAGUGUACACUGAUAUCCUUUAUUUAUUUUACUAAUUGCGGGUCGAAAAUCAAAUUAAGGGUCUUUUUCUUUAAUACGACCCUUCCCCCUGUGAAUAUUGUGUCCCUGCUGAGAAAGAGACAAAGGCUGCACUAUAUGAGAACUGUUAAUGAGAGCAUUAUUAUGUGAGUUUUAUCUCUGUGACGCGAACGCUUGAGCACUUUAGACGCCACUUUCCGUAAUAUAUAGCCAAAAUCAAAGAAUGACAAACACGCACCACAAAAUGCAAAAAAAAAAAACCACCAAAUCUAGGCCUUUUCAGUUACAGCCAUUUUCUUCUGAUGAGUCCUUAAUAAAAGAGAAAGUUGUCAGGAAAGACGUGAACACGUUGAAGCUGAGAGAGACUCUUUGUGAUGAGGAAAACUGGUUAAAUGGAACAGGCCUCUACUAGUCUUGGUUUAAUAUUAACAUUUACUUGCUUGCUGAUCUGUUUUUGAACUGGUCGGCGUGUUCACUGUGACAUAGUUCUUGCUAUUAAAAAAUAAUAGGUGCACUUUUCUUCUCUGAUUGAGAUGCUUCAGUUUCUAAUUGACAGCUCAAAAUUGCAUUAAAUGUAAUUAAAGUGUGACGUCUGCCUGUAUUAAUUGGCAUUUGUUGAGAAAUGAGCUUAGUCAGGUCCAAGACCAUGAUGUGACUGGAUGUUACUUCCUUUUUUUUGGAGCGACAGCACAAAUGAGACACGCCAACUUCUCAUUUUGUGUCUCUGUUGAACUCGUCAAAAUGGUGCCACUUGGCUGUAUGUAGAUUUAUUUGAUACAGUGUGUUCUCUUAAUCUUUCCGUGUUCAGUGUAUCAUUUCGCAGUUGCACGUUCUUUUAAACGAUGCUUGUCAUGUAACAACCAGCGAGCCAACAUGUGAUGAAGGGAAGGUCAUUUCAUCCAGAGCUAGCGUUGGUGUUGCUGCGCACCUCUGUACAGUUUGGUUUAAGUAGGUAUUGGUAAACGUUGCACCUUUUUUCCAGGCUGUUAAGUGAACUGCACUUUCCCUUUUGUUCAGGCUGUUUACUCUAAUAGCUCCUCGUUUUGCAAAUGAACCAGGCAACCUUCUAUGUCUGUGUCAUGGGUGUCUAACUUAUUUUUGAUUUGAUCUCAAGCUGGCCAGAUCUCUAAAUUACAACAACUCUAAAUUGUUGCCUUUUGUUUUAGUACAUUAUGACUGUUAACAUUUAACAAGCUAUUCUUUUACAAAUAAUUUUCUAAUUUCUUAAGAAAAAUAAGUGCAAUUUGGGCAUAUUGCUGCCACCUACUGUUGAGUUCUGGGUGUUGUACUUCCUCCGCUUCUCUUACUGAAAGAGCAGGAACCUUAGUGGACAAAUUGGGAAUAGCAGUUGCUUCCUACCAGCACUACCUACCUCCCUUGCCCUGUCCAUACUACCACAUCUUCUCUGUCCUUUAUUACUGCCUAUAUUCACAAGGUCUCUCUACUCAUUAAAGAUCAACAAACACACUCAAGACUAUAACUGCUUCAAUCUAAUAUAAUGUUGACACCCAGGGAAAAAAAGAAAGAAAGGCCGUUGCCUUGAUUUAAAGAUGCUGUAAAUUUCUGAGUGUUGGUCUCACAUAUUGUACCUUAAAAACCAAACAUUUCUUUCCAUAGCUUCCUGUGUCAGUAUAUCUCCUGUUUGUUUCAGUGCCUCCAUCUAACUCUUUCAAUAAAAAAAUAAAACACUUAUAUAUGAA